GGGGGAGAAAAGCCGCUGGUUCAAUGAAGUGAUCUAUUCAACUCGGUGUUUCUCUCUCUUGCUCUCUUCAUUAAUUACAUACUGUCCUGCCUUUUCAUCCUUUCUGUCUUUUGUUUUCUGUCUCUCUUACUUUUUAUUCCUCUCCUUCUUAUUCUGGCUGGCUGAGCUCUGACAAGGGGAUAGAAUCAAGAGUUUGGGAGAGGAGAGGGACAUUUGGGAGCGAGAUGGCCGGUGGGACGGUGGCGUUGUUCCUGUAUGGAUUCCUGCUCCUGUCUCUGUGGAAACCUUCACUGCAAGGAGGUGUGUACAUACCUGCUGGUGUAGGUGAAGGAGCUGUGGCUGGAUUAGGAGCUGGAGCAGGAGGCAGAGCUGGAUUUGGUCCAGGUGGAGCUGGCACCGGUUUUGGGCCUGGUGGUGUAGGCACUGGAUAUGGGCCAGGUGGCGGAGCCGGAGUUGGAUCAGGAGGUGUAGGUGGAGCUGGCGCUGGUCCAGGAGGUGCAGGCUUUGGCCCUGGAGCCGGUGGAGGUUACACCAAGCCAGGGAAGACGGGAGCUGGCUAUGGUGGUCAGGUUGUAGGCCAAGGCCAAGGAGGACUGGGGACUGGAGGUCUGGGGGAAGGAAGAGUUAGACCAGAAGGAGCUGGGGCCGGACCAGGAGGUUAUGGACAUGGCGGUGGUUUAGGAGCUGGAGGCCUUGGAGCAGGAGCUGGCAAUGGAGGUUGGGGUCCUGGAGGACAGGGGGCUGGACUAGGAGCUGGAGGUCUGGGAGGAGGAGGUCUUAGACCAGGAGCCAGACCAGGAGGUUAUGGACCAGGUGGUUAUGGGCCUGGUGCUGAUCUUAGUCCGGGCGGGGCUGUCGCUGGAGGUCUUGGUGGUGGUUACGGACUUGGCGGGGGUCUAGGUGCCGGAGGCCUUGGAGCAGGUGCUGGAGGAAAGCCGGAGAAGGCAGGAGCUGGCUACGGUGGUAGAGAUCCAGGAGGACAGGGGGCUGGACUAGGUGUUGGAGGUUUUGGACCAGGUGGCUAUGGACCAGGUGGAGCUGGUGCUGGACCAGGUGGCUAUGGGCUUGGUGUUGGUCUUGGUCCUGGGGGAGCUGGUCCUGGAGUUUUUGGUGGUGGUUAUGGACCCGAUGGAACAGGAGCUGGCUAUGUAGGUCGCAGUCCUGGGGGACAGGGGGCUGGAUUAGGAGCUGGAGGCUAUGGACCAGGUGGAGCUGGACCAGGAGGAUAUGGGCCUGGUUCUGGUGUUGGCCAGGGUGGAGCUGGUCCAGGUGGUUUUGGUGGUGGUCUUGGAGCUGGCGGACAAGGAGACGCCCUUGGAGCUGGGUAUGGAGGCCUCGGAGCUGGGGGACUGGGAUCCAGAGGUACAGGUCAGGGGGCUGGAGGACUUGGAGCAGGCCAAGGUCUUGGAGCCGGCCAAGGAGAUGGAUACAGACCUGGAGGAGGCUACGGUGGUGCUGCUGGUGGUCUGUACCCUGGAGCUGGAGGGGCGGGGGCAGGCCAGAAACCUCCCAAAACAGGAGCAGGAAGCACACUAGGAGGAGAUGGAUAUGGGCCUGGUGGUGCUGGUGGACAUGGGCCUGGUGGCGCAGGUGGACAUGGGCCUGGUGGCGUAGGUGGACAUGGGCCUGGUGGUGCAGGAACUGGGCCUGGUGGCGCAGGAACUGGGCCUGGUGGCGCAGGAACGGGACCUGGUGGCACAGGUGGAUAUGGUCCUGGUGGCGCAGGAACUGGGCCUAGUGGCGCAGGUGGAGUUGGCCUUGGUGGUUUUGGGCCUGGUGGCGCAGCAGUACCAGCUGGAGCACCAGUACUUCCACAGACUGGAGUCCCUGGGGGUGGAGCUAGAGAGAAGAGCGGUUGGAAGGCCAACAAACAAGUGCCAGGUGUUGGAGUACCUGGACUUUAUCAAGGUGGAAUAGUGCCUAGUCAAGGUUUUGGAGGGCGUGGGGUUCUACCAGGUGUUGCCACUGGAUCCGGACUUGCUCCCCAGACAGGGGCAGGUGUGCUAGGCCAGGGUGGAGUUGGAGCUGGCACUGGAGCUGGAGGUGGCCGAGGCAGUUUAAAUGGAGUGUUCCGUGGAUAUCCCCUCAUAUCACCUAAAUCUGGAGGGGCUGGAGGCAAAUCAGCUAAUUCCCAGGCCAAGCUUGCUGCUAAAUAUGCUGGAGCUGGAGGUGUACUUCGUCAAGGGGGCAUGUCAGGAGCAGGAGGAGUACCUAGCGGUGUACCUGGAGCAGGUGGGGUCCCUGGUUAUGGAGUUGGAGCUGGAGGUGUACUUCGUCAAGGGGGCAUGGCCGGAGCAGGAGGAGUACCUAGCGGCGUACCUGGAGCAGAUGGGGUCCCUGGUUAUGGAGUUGGAGCUGGUGGUGUACCUGGUUACGGAGGUGGAGCAGGAGGCAUACCUGGAUUCGGAGGCAUAGCCAGAGCAGGAGGCGUACCUGGUUACGGGGUCGGAGCCGGACCAGGAGGCGUACCUGGGGCAGGGGGCGUCCCUGGCUCAGGUGGGUAUGGAUACCCAGGGGGUUACCCAGGUGGAGGGCGGUACCCAGGGGCUGGCCUAGGUGUAGGAGGUGCCUACCCCGGAGGAGCUGGAUCUAAGGCAGCCAAAUAUGGUCAGGGUGGAGCAGGCACUGUAGCUGGUGGUGGGCUCAGCCAGGGAGUGCCUGCAUCUGGGAUUGGAACCGGAAGACUGCCUGGUGGGGCUGGAGGGGAACCAGGAGGCGGUUACAGGCCUGGCGGUAGCUUCGGUCCUGGAGGUGGAGUUGGACCAGGGGGGGCCAGUUAUGGACCAGGUGGGGCCGGCUAUGGACCAGGUGGAGCUGGACCUGGUGGUUAUGGACCAGGUAGUGCUGGAAGUUAUGGAACAGGUGGAGGGGUUGGACCAGGUGGUGCCGGGGAAGGACAUGGUGGAGCUGGCUAUGGACCAGGUGGAGGAGUUGGUGGAGUGCCUGGUGGUGGACACAGACCCGGAGGUGGUUUACCUGGUAGUGGUGCUGGUUACGGACCUGGUGCUGGUGUUGGAGGAUAUGAUGCAAAUGCCAAAGCUCGUAAAUAUGGUAUGCUAAGUGGUGUCCUUGGGACCCCAGGAGGAGGACAGGGAGGAGUACCAGGAGGGGGAGCAGGGACUGGAGUAGGCCAGGGUGGAGUGCCUGGAUCUGGGCUUGGUGGUGGUGGAGGUGUCCCUGGUGGUUAUGGUCCUGGAUUUGGACCUGGCCGUGGAACCGGUGGUGGUUAUGGACCAGGAGUGGGUGCUGGGACUGGACUUGGCCAGGGAGCAGGGCCUGGAGCUGGGCUUGGUGCUGGUGGAGUGCCUGGUGGUGGAUACACACCCGGAGGUGGUUUACCUGGUAGUGGUGCUGGUUACGGACCUGGUGCUGGUGUUGGAGGAUAUCCUGCUGGGGCUAAGUCUCUGAAAUACGGUCCAGGUGGAGGUGGAGGAGCUCCGGGUGGAGGCCUUGGUGGGCGAUUCGGUGCCCCGGGAGGAGGUCUGCCAGGAGGAGGCUACGGACCAGGGGCAGGAGGCGCCUUAGGAGCAGGAGGAAGAGUGCCUGGGGGUGGAUACGGGACCGGAGCUGGGCCUGGUGCAGGGUAUGGAGCAGGAACAGGGCCUGGAGCUGGGUACGGUCAGGGAGCAGGAGGAGUCCCUGGAGGAGGCUAUGAAGCUAGGGCAAGAGCAGGAGGACUACCUGGGGCCGGAUAUGGACCUGGAAGAGGAUAUGGAGCCGGAUCAAAAGCUGCUAAAUAUGGACAAGUUGCUGGUGGGGCCCUUGGAGGAGGAGCAGGACAAGGAUUCGGAGGGGUACCAGGUGGCUAUGGACCAGGUGGCUUCGGAGCCGGACCAGGUGGCUAUGGAGCCGGACCAGGUGGCUUUGGAGCCGGACCAGGUGGCUUUGGAGCCGGGGGCGGAGCAGGAUCAGGAGGGGUGCCAGGCUAUGGUACUGGAUCUGGAUUUAAGGCAGACAAAUACGGACCAGGUGGGGCAGGAGGGGCCCUUGGUGCUGGGGCAGCUGGAGGUGCAGGGGCUGGGACAGGGGCUGGGACCGGGACCGGAGCUGGGACAGGUGCUGGAGGAGGUGCAGGACCUACACCUGGCCCUGGCACAAGAGCAGGAGGAGAUGGCACUGUGACAGGAGCAGGAGGAGACAGGACAGGCGCAGGAGGAGCAGGCACAGGAGGUGAGCCUGGUGGUGCCGGUGGGGUUCUAGAAGGAUCUGGAAGUUCUGGUGGCCCAGGAGAUGGCACCGGCGUCACAGCUGGUGCUGUUGGGGGAGGGGUGGGAGACACAGGAAUCCCUAGCAUUGGAGGAAAACCAGAUCAAUCGGGACUCGGGGGGACAGCAAUCCCAGGUGGAAUUGCAGUGCCAGAAACUGGGGCUGGAGUUGUUCAACCCAGUGGUGACUGGGGCUGGAAGGACUUAGGAGCUGGUGUUGAGCACCAGAGCCAGUCUGGUGCUGGUUCCACUGGUUCUGGGUCAGGUUCAUCUGGUGAUGCGAUUGGUGUGGGGUUUGGUGCGGGCACUGGUAUUGUCGGGCUGGUAUUGGGCGAUGGUGGUAUUGGGUUGGGUAUCGGUAUCGGCUCUGGUGGUAAAGCUGGAGGUGAUGUCAUUUUAAGUCCUUUAUCUUCAUUAGGUUCGGAAACAGGCAUCGGUAUUGGUGCCGGCGGAAAACCCUUUAAAGAAAGACAAGCAGGUGCUGCUAACGGUGAUGUCACUGGAGGGGGCACUCUACCUGGAGCUAAACCUCUGAAGGCUCCAAGAGGAGAUACACCUGGUGAAGGAGAGGGAGAUGCAGGAGGAGGAGCAAGAGGUGUUGGUGGAGGUCCUGAUGGUGCAGGAGGAGCAGGCAGUGGAUCUGGCGGAGUAGGAAGAGAUGGUGAUGGUAGAGGAGGAGGACCAGGAGGAGCAGGCAGUGGAUCUGGCGGUGUAGGAAGAGAUGGUGAUGGUAAAGGAGGAGGAGGACCAGGAGGAGCAGGGGGGAAAGACGGUGGUGCAGUUAGAGUGGGAGGAAGUCCUAACGGUACAGGGGGAGCUGGAGGUUCAGGAGGUGGAGGAGCAGGAGUAGAACCUGGAGGAGUUGGAGGAGGUGCAGGACCAGGCAGUAGUGACAAACCACCCAAAGCUUUAGGUUAUGGAGCAGGUGGGGCUGGCAGUCUGGGUGCAGGAGGUGCUGGAGGAGCAGCUCUGGUCCCUGGGACUGGUGGUGCUGGUGAUGUAGGAGCUGGAACCCCCAAACCAGGAAAAAGCUACGGAGCUGGUGGAGUCCUGCCAGGUGGAGGUCUACGUUACCCAACUGGGGCUAGAGAAGGACUGGGCUCAGGGAAGCCGGGCAAAGGAUAUGGUGCUGGCCAAUUUGGAGCAGGAGGACGACGUCCUGGAGGAUAUGGUGCCGGACCAGGCGGAUACGGAGCCAGUCCUGGAGGAUAUGGCACUGGACCCGGUGGUUAUGGGGCCAGACCCGGUGGUUAUGGUGCUGGUCCAGGUGGUUAUGGGGCUGGAGCUGGUCCUGGUGGCUAUGGUGCUGGGCCAGGUGGAUAUGGUGCUGGGCAAGGUGGAUAUGGUGCUGGGCAAGGUGGCUAUGGUGCUGGGCCAGGUGGCUACGGGACAGGGGCUGGGCCUGGAGGAUAUGGAUCCAAACCAUACAAGACUGGAGGUGCUGGAGCCGGUGGUGUUGGUGGAGGUCUGGGUGGAGCUGGCAGCCUGGGUGCCAUAGGAGCCGGACCAGGAGGAGUGGGUGGAGGUCAAGGAGGCGGUCUAGGUGGAGGUCAAGGUGGAGCUGGACCAGGUGGAUAUAUACCAGGUGGAGUUGGUAGCAGAUACCCCACAGGUGCUGGAACAGGCUAUGGGAGAGCUGUUGGAGCUGGAGAUGGGCUUGGUGGUUAUGGUGGCGGAACAGUUGGUUAUGGACCAGGAGGAACCGGGGCCGGACUAGGUGGGGCUGGGGCCGGGCAAGGUGGAUAUGGUGCCGGACAUAAAGGUUAUGGACCAGGUGGAGCAGGGCUGGGAGGAGCUGGGGUCAGACCGGGUGGAGCAGAGGCCAGACCUGGUGGCUAUGGUGCAGGGCCUGGAGGUUAUGGACCUGGGGCUGGUCUUGGUCCUGGAGGUUAUGGGGCUGAACCUGGUGGCUAUGGACCAGGUGGAGCAGGGCCGGGAGGAGCUGGGGUCAGACCAGGUGGAGCCAGACCAGGUGGAGCAGAGGCAGGACCUGGUGGCUAUGGUGCUGGGCCUGGAGGUUAUGGGCCUGGGGCUGGUCUUGGUCCUGGCGGAGCUGGUCCUGGAGGUUAUGGGGCUGGACCUGGUGGCUAUGGACCAGGUGGCGCUGGAUCUCAUAAAUACGGUAUGCUAAGUGGUUCCCUUGGAGGGGGACAAGCAGCUGGCCAGGGAAGAGUGCCAGGAGGGGGAGCAAGGACUGGGCUAGGUCAGGGAGGAGUGCCUGGAGGGGGAGCAGGUACCGGGCUAGGCCAUGGAGGAGUGCCUGGAUCUGGGCUUGGUGGCGGUAGUAGUCCGGGUGCUGGGUAUGUACCUGGCAUUGGAACCCAUGGAGGUUAUGGACCAGGAGGUGGUGCUGGGACUGGACUUGGUCAGGGAAGAGCCGGGGCCGGACCAGGUGGCUAUGGACCACUUGGAGCUGGAGCUGGGGCUGGACAGGGAACUGGAGCUGGAGGGUAUGACGCAAAUGCAAAAGCUCGUAAAUAUGGUAUGCUAAGUGGUACCAUUGGAGGAGGACAAGCAGCUGGCCAGGGAAGUGUGCCAGGAGGGGGAGCAGGGACUGGAGUAGGCCAGGGUGGAGUGCCUGGAUCUGGGCUUGGUGGUGGUGGAGGUGUCCCCGGUGGUUAUGGUCCUGGAGCUGGAUUUGGACCUGGUGGUGGAACUGUUGGUGGUUAUGGACCAGGAGGGGGUGCUGGGACCGGACUUGGCCAGGGAGGAGUUGGGGCCGUACCAGGUGGCUAUGGGACUGGGCCUGGUGGUUAUGGACCAGGUGGGGCCGGACAGGGUGCAGUGAAGCCAAACAAAUCAGGUUAUGGCUCCUCCUCCUCGGGUGGAGCUCUCUUUGGACCAGGUGGUGGAGCAGGUGGGGUACCUGGUGCUGGAGCUACCGGGAGAAGAGGAGGAGUACCAGGAGGCUACGGAGUAGGAGAAGCGGGACAGUCAGGGCAGAAAUCAAAGGCACAGAAGGCAGCCAAAUACACAGCCAUGCAAGGCUUCCUGGGAGCACGCAGCUACAGAGGGGUCGCCAACUGCCAGGGUGUAUACUGCGGACGGAGGAGGAAGUGAGAGAGCAGCAAAAAGAAGUGACCUCAUCAACAACAUUGUGGUGCUACUGCAUGAUUCAAGAAUGUACUGAUUUUCAACUACUAAUAUGUCCCUUUUUUCUUUUAAAGUGUGAAUCUCGGGCAAUGGCAAAACCAGAGCCUGUUUGAUCUUUUAUUCUGAAACUGUGAUCAUGUGUUUAUUGUUCCUCACCUGUACCCCUUUAGCCCCUCCUGUGUGUACCCCAUUUACCCAUUUAGCUCCACCAAGAAUCAUGUUUGUUUAAAACACUGAUACUAAGGCGUCCCACAACGGAGUGCCUCUAGACCUGUCUGUAUGCUGACUAAACUGUCUGUUUUCUGAUUAAUGUGACUAACAUCCCUCUAUAAAGCUAUGCUAUUGACACACAGGCCCAGACUUACUCAACAUUUGCACCUGCACUUUUCAAUAUACCUAGUUUUUGUUCAAGUUGUUUAGUUGCAAACAUUUACAAUAUCUGGCCCAAGGAGUCUUGAGAUAUAUACACACACUGCUGCCAUACAUUAAAAUCAUAGGAGAUAUCUUUAGAGUGGUAAUCUUACAACCACCAUUUUUUAUUUAGAACUGUGUCCACUCUGAACCCUCAAAAGCAGUGUGUGUCCACAGCAACGCUCAUGUUCUAACUCUGAUUCUAGUUUCAGCAGUUCUCAAAAAAAAGGAGCUUAUUGCCCUUAGAGCCAUUAGUAAAGGUUUUAAGAUCUUAUAUGCAGUCGUGUAUAAUGCCUUUAAAGAAUAUAUAUAGUAAGGUUUAACUAAGCCACUUGCCUGAAAUAUUAUCAGCAUCUUUCUGAAUGGCUGUAUAACACUGAAUUGCUGUGAGUGUUUUGAAUACUUAAUCACACCGAUAUGACUGUGUUAGUACAGCCAUAGUUGAGAUGACUGAAAAUGCAAACAUAUAUUUUCUGUGUUUAAAAUCCUCAUCUUGGCUUUACUGAGAGCAACAGAACCUACAUGAAAUGGAAAUGUGAAAUGUAUAGUUAAAAAGUGUCUAUUCAGUGUUGAUCAGUUUAACUGCCAAUACAUAUUUGAAAACAAAUGCAUAGAAUUUCGAUCACAGGCAUAUAGCCUAGGCCAGGGGUCUCCAAACUUUUCUAGCCUGAGUUACUUUAAGAAAAAUGUGACAUGUCGCUUCUCCUCUCCCAUUCAACUCUUCCUCAGGUCCUUAGUGUAUAAGAGAAAGUAGUGCACUGUUUCCUUUCAAUAUACCUGGUAAAAUAAGGAUUCAGAUUUGUCAGAUUUGUUUUCUCCAAAAUUAUGUUUUCAAUUCCCCAAAAUACAUUUUCUCUGUUUUAUAUUUUCUGGUUUAAGAUGUUGAUUUUACUCUCAAAAUUACAAUUGUUCAUAGAGAAGUUUGUUCUGAGGACAUGUCAAUGGUUAAAUCACAUCAGGAUACCUUUUUGCGGGGGGAAACAAAUAGAUUUCCCCUUUAUUGUGCAUCUAGCGAGUAAGGAAUGUGCCUUCUAAUGUGCCAGUCUGGCGAUGGUUCUGUACUGCUGCUGCUGCUCAUUUAAUGGCAAAGUUAGUAAAUAACAAAUAGAUACAAAUGAUAUCUUUACUUAUGAUAAACUUCUGCCUGGUAAGCCUACUGUCAGCCCACUUGACGGUUAUCGCAUCACCUGGCUACACACGGAGUGAUUGACAACGCGCCACACCAUAUACAGUAGACAGACGGGCAAUACUACCGGAAAUGAAUUGGCAGAUAUUGUGAAGGUUUAAUUCUUUAUGCCAAUAGUGGCUAACAAGGGGUGGGAUAAUGUCAAUGUUGCGUUGUUUAGAUAGGUGGUAGCUUGCAGUGUCGGAUGGGAGAUUUGUUUAUUACAGUUUGCGAUGGAACAGAUGAAAAAUUGCAUAUACUUUCAGAAUUGUUUGGUGAGCUACUCAUAGGUGAGCUGCGAGCUACUGGUAGCUCAUGAACAACCUGCCGUAGACCCCAGGCCUUGGCAGACUACGGCUGGGAAACUCGAGGAACUACGAUUUCAAGAGAGAAUACUAUUAUGUAGGAAGAACGAACUAGCUAAAUUCCUUAUAGACUGCUCGGGUUUAUUAGCUACAACUCUCCUCAUGUUCAUGAAUAACAAUUUUUUAGCCUGUGCAGGCAGGUACGGUGGCUCCCAUAGGACAUCUAAGAUGAGUCAAAAGGAACACGCAAAAAUAGUUCCCAGGUGCUAUAUAGCGAACAUAACAAUUACAACUGUUUAUUAUGGAUUAUCAUGACGAUUACGUUGGCAUACGCUACGCAGUAUAUGUGAAUUGACGCUGGCCUCUCGCAAGCAAAUUUCACACCGUUGACAGGCAUCUCCGGGUGUCAUUUCGGUUUAACACCGAUGCAGUUCAAGUCUUUUCACUCUGAAUUUAAACUAUUUGUUUACUUUAGCUUUUUAAAUUAUGAAGGAAAAAAAAUGCUAAAACAUUUUCAACAAUGUCUACUCUUCUGAUUUAAAAAAAAUCAAGUGCUUUAUUUUUUUACAUUGUCUUUGAAUGCUCUCUAAUGCUAGUGUUACCUGAGGUGUCAUGUUACAUGUUUAAUGAAACUUUGUAAUCUUGAGUUAUCAUCUAUGGGCUCUAGUGUUUAUAUCAUUAAGCCCAGACAGACAAAGAACAUCUGUGUUUUACCUUAGAAGAGAAUGAUGCACUUUUUUUUUUUUUACACGGUACACAGUUUUUAAAUAAAGAAAUGACCUGAA